GGAAAAGCGCCAGAGUCCUGAAAUUAUGAUCGGGACCGUUAUUCAAAGUCAGAUUUCGACUGACACCACACGGACCCCGGGGCGCACCGGAGCCGCAGCGCGUCACGUUUGCUGAUGCGCGACUGCGACUUUUUGACAAGUCAACUAGCAUUCUCCUGUGAAAUACACCAGGAAAAAUUAUGGAAAACAGCUGCUUUGAGGAAUCGUUAUUGCGGGGCGCUCAAAAGCACACGAGUUACAACUUCACUUUCGUUUAAAAAGGCGACAGAGUGACAUUUUUGCACGUCGCUCGUUUGCGCUCGUCACAUGCGUAAAGUUUUUUUUUUUUUUUAAGUGCUCCUUCGAUUUUAUUUGGGACAUGAAGGAAAGAAAAUGCAUGAUGGAAAUAUGACAUGAUGGAUAUGUUUUACUGCCUCAGUGACAGGAGUCAUGUUUUAACAGAAGUGCGAGUGUUGCAGUCUAACGUGGUGAUCUAUCCAUUCACACUUGGAAAGGAAUAACUGUGUAUCUCAGCAUUGAUAUUUAAAAGUUAUUAUCAGCCAGAAAAGCUUGUGCCCGGAUGUCAUGGGCUGACCUGGGACAGGGCAGUUGAAAGUGUGGGGGACAAUGUCGGGACCCUGCGUCCGCAUCCCGUUUUGGGUUCGUGUGUUUGUCCUGCUGCUGCUUCACAGAGUCUCUGCAGGGUGUCCGGAGCUCCUUUCCAGCGGCUGCAGCUGCGCAGAGGACCGCAGUAAAGCGCACAGUGCGCCCGGGGCGCGGAGGAAAGUGAGCUGCGUUGGGAAGGAGCUGACUGAAACGCCCGAAGUCAGUCUGCUCCCCAACAGGACCGUCUCACUAAAUCUCAGCAACAAUCGUAUCUGCGUUCUGAAAAAUGGUUCCUUCGCUGGCUUGUACUCCCUCGAGAAGCUGGAUCUCAGGAAUAACUUGAUCAGCACCAUCAUGCCCGGAGCCUUUCUGGGUCUCACAGCUCUUCGAAAACUUGACCUGUCCAGUAACCGAAUUGGCUGCCUGACCUCAGAAGUGUUCCAGGGACUCACCAACCUCACAAAAUUAAACAUCUCUGGAAACAUCUUUUCCUCUCUGGAUCCACAUUUGUUUAUGGAGUUACACUCUCUAAAGCUGGUGAACUUUCAUUCUGAGUUCCUGUCAUGUGACUGCGGUCUGCGCUGGGUGCCAGGCUUUUUCCACAGCAGUUCUGCUCGGCUUGGGGACGAAACACUGUGUGCGUAUCCCAGAAGACUUCAGAACAAACCCCUGCGUCUCCUGAGAGAGACUGACCUCAGCUGUGAGGGUCCGCUGGAGCUGCACACGCUGUCUCUGUUACCCUCACUGCGACAGGUCGUGUUUAAAGGGGACAGGCUGCCUUUCCAUUGCACUGCUUCACUGGUGGACAAAGUCACUGCUCUUCACUGGCGACACAAUGGACAGCCUGUCACCACUGACACUACCACUGGAGUUCAUUUGGAAGAGAGUGUACAACAUGACUGCACCUUCAUCACCAGUGAGCUGAUCCUGUCAAACGUCCACGUCGAGGCGAGUGGUGAGUGGGAGUGUGUGGUGUCCACGGGCCGUGGGAACGCCUCGCGCAGUGUGGAGAUAGUGGUACUGGAGAACAGCGCCUCCUUUUGUCCGGAGCAUAGAGUGACUAACAACAGAGGGGAGUUCAGGUGGCCUAAAACUCUGGCGGGCAUCACCUCCUACCAGUACUGUCUGCAGCUGCGCUACCCCUCCUUAACUAUAGGGGGUGGUGUGGAGCAGAAGAAGGCUUCGCGAAUCUGUGACCGCUCUGGACACUGGGAGGAGGGAGACUACUCUCAGUGCCUCUAUACUAAUGGCAUCACACGGGUCCUGCAUACCUUGAUACUGAUGCCCAUUAAUGCCUCCAACGCGUUGACUCUGGCACACCAGGUGCGAUCAUACACUCUGGAGGCCGCCGGUUUCACAGACACGGUGGAUGUUCUUUAUGUGGCUCAGAUGAUGCACAAAUUCAUGGACUAUGUGACAGAACUGCGUGAGCUGUCGGAGUUGCUGGUGGAAAUGGGCAGUAACCUGAUGCAGGUAGAUGAUCAGAUUCUGGCUCGAGCCCAGAGAGAGGAAAGAGCCUGCAGUUCAGUCGUUUACACACUAGAGACUCUCGCCUGGCCUCAGCUGCACUCUCACGCACAGGACUUCUCCAAAAGUUCUCGUAACAUUGUGAUGGAGGCUCACCUGAUUCGUCCUGCUCAUUUUACUGGCAUGAGCUGCACAGUCUAUCAGAGACGAGAGGGGGCAGGGGGGAGCCAGGGGCAUGAUGGGAUUGAAUCGUCCCCUGAGCAGCAACUGCGAUUUCGCUGCACCACAGGAACACACAACACCUCGCUGAACACUUUUCAUCUGAAGAAUGCAGUGGCUCUUGCUUCAGUGUCUCUCCCGGCAUCUCUUUUUCCACCUAACGCUCCUCCUGACUGUAAGCUGCAGUUUGUGGCAUUCCGCAAUGGAAGAUUCUUCCCAUUUACCAGCAAUUUCACAGGACAUUCAGACCUUGCCCGGAGACGUGGUGUCAACACUCCAGUUAUCUACGUUGGCCUUGAUGGUUGUAACAUGUGGAAUCAGUCCGAUCCCAUUAUUGUGUCACUACGACACACAUCACCUGGAAAUGACCCUGUUGCUGCCCACUGGAGCUUGCAGGCGCUGGAGCAUCAUGGGAGUUGGAGUAUGGAUGGCUGUCUGCUGGCCCAUUGUGAUGCUUCCACCUCUACACUUCGCUGCUCAGUGCUGAGCAAUUACGCUGUACUUCAGGAGAUGGCAGAUUUCCCAGGUUCACCUCUGAUUCCAGUGGAAGUGCUCCAUCCAGUGAUCUACACCUGUACUGCAGUGCUGCUCCUCUGUCUCUUCACCAUCAUCAUCACCUAUAUAUUGCAUCACAGCUCUAUCAGAAUCACAAGGAAGAGUUGGCACACCCUCCUGAACACUAGUUUCCACAUCGCAAUGACGUCGGCAGUAUUUGCUGGAGGCAUCACUCUGACAGGCUACCCAGUUGUAUGCCAGGCAGUGGGGAUUGUUCUUCACUACUCCUCUCUGUCCACUUUGUUAUGGAUCGGAGUUAGUGCCAGAGUCAUCUAUAAAGAAGCCUUAUUAAGGACUCCACAGCAACUAGAAGGCGAGUCUGCUGUACAACCAACCCAGCGGCCCAUGCUCAGAUUUUAUUUGAUAGCUGGCGGGGUCCCACUCAUCAUAUGUGGUAUCACUGCAGCUGUAAACAUCAAUAACUAUGGAGACAACAUUCCUUACUGCUGGUUGGUGUGGCAGCCCAGUUUCGGAGCUUUCUACAUUCCAGCUGGAUUGAUCAUUCUUGUGACCUGGAUCUACUUCCUGUGUACUGCUUUCUGCCUGAGGCGCCGAAACUUCCAAGAUUCCAAAGAUCCUCCUUGUUCCACCUCCGAGCCCUUAACCUUGCCUGAGAGCCAACCGGCAAUCAGUGGCAGCAGCAGCCUGCUCUCGACGGACUCUGUGGUGGGCCCGGUGCAUGCUGGGAUGACUGUGGAGGACCAGUACUCAUUGAAGGUCCAGUGUUUGGCGCUGGUGGCGACGCAGUUUGUGUUUGUGGGGCUGUGGUGCUGUGGCACUAUGGCCGUUUGGCAUGUAGAUAGAGAGCGGAAACUCUUCAGCUGCCUGUAUGGAGGAACAGCUACCGGAUUAGGGAUCUUCAUGGUGCUCCAUCACUGUUUCAAGCGUUUGGAUGUCCAGGCAGCAUGGCUAAGUUGUUGCCCCGGGUACCAUCGCUCCCAACCCAUGCCAGCUUAUUCCCACCCUUGCACUGCCACCGUAGGCAUCCAGAGUGCCUCGGAAAGGGGCUCCCAACUUUUUGUAGGAUGCCAUCUGCCGAUGGACACCAACAAUUUAUCUUUUUCUGCCAGGUCAUCUUCUACUCAAAGUGGGACGACGAGCAUUGCUGCCGGGCCUUGCAAACUCACCAACCUCCAUCAAGUGACACAGGACAAUGUGAAUAAUGCUGCCCGAGUUCCAACGGGAACCAAUACCAACACAAGCACGAGCACGGAGAACAACAAGCCAGCAAACAAUCUACCACCCAGUCUACUGCCCAUCCAGCAGCCUCAAAGAAGGAAGGCUUGCAGUAGAACAAGGGGUGGCAAUGCCCAAUACCAUCACCGAGGGGACGGGAGAGGGCAUUACCGCCUCAAAGCACUUAGAGCAGGUGGAGGAGGUAGCAUGGGUGCUUUGGGACCUUCCGGGACAGAGCAAUCAAACAUCCACCAUCUACCCAAACACGCUUCCAGUGAGAAUGGAAGUUUAAGGAAUAGCCAUUCAGAGGGUCAGAACGGCCUUCUGACCAAUGGGCGGCACAGAGGGGAGGGACUAGCGACGAGCCCUUCGGAAGGUAGCGAUGGAGGUAGCAGUGGAAGUAGAAAACCUUUUCCCCUGUUGCCUUCAGUGGCAAACAGGUCCACCACACAGCAGAACGCUCAACGGCGCAGUGCUAGCAAAGACAAUCUUAAACUGGCCAUCACGGCUGAGAGAGAGUCCAAGCGGAGCUCGUUCCCUCUGAACAUGGCAUCAAAUGUCACUGCGACAGCCUCGUUGACGACAGUUUCAGCACCAAAUGGAACACUAAAGGGAUCUGUGGUGGAAUUGGACACUAGUGGAACUGACCAAUCACAGGGUUCGGUUGGUAUGAAAAGCAGGGUAUGGAAGAGCGAGACCACUGUAUAAUAGUUGAAAGACUUUGAAAGUUUCUUGAAGGUGUGACCUGUAUGCCAGGAGCCAAAGCAUGGAUUUCUUUCUCCACAACCCUGCUGAAAAAACUAGUUUAAACCAGUCUAAGAUGAUUUGAGGGCUUAGUUGGUCUGUGGGCUGGUUUUGGAAACUUAUCAGCCAAGCUAAACAUCAGUUUGGCUUGGCUGGGAGACUGGCUAAACCAGCUAAGACCAGGAAACCAGCCUAGAAGUGUUGUAGAACUUAAGACUAGACGACUGCCUUCAUAUUUUUAUGGUUUUUCUUUGGAUUCUGAUCUCAAGUACUACAUGAGUUACUAAUACUGCGGACACAUUUGUAGUCUGUGCACACUCAUACAUACCGGCUCUGCCUCUGGAAACCUUGCUUCAUUCAAGAUCCUCUUCAGGUCACCGUCUUAACUCGGACUCAGACACGAGACAGAUUUCAGAGUCCUGUUUCCUCCAGUUUCAAGUAUCACAACACUGGAGCUUAGGCUGGUUCAAUCAGGGUUUUUCUGAGCAGGAAAGAGAAACAUAUGACUUCUUUUAUAAUGAACCACCUAUACUUGUACGUUUUGAAAGUGUCUGAACCAACAUGCUUAGAGCUAAUGCUAAGCAUGCUAAUAAGGAGAAGUUGUGUGAGGCUGUUUUAUAUGAAAAAAAAAUAAGGGGUGUGUAUGCAAAAUCCGAGUCCUUUAAAGACAGUGGUAGAGGAGUUGUUUUGACAAAAUAUGCAAAAUAAUUUUGAUUACUUGUGUUUUCCUGUAAUACCACUUAACCUAACAAACAGUUUGA